GAAAUAUUUUCUCACACCGUGAGACGCAUGCACCUGUUUCAGUGCGAGCUUGAUUUCUCGAGCCAGUAGUCAGUAAGGAGAGAGGACGUAGCUGUUGUCAGUGGAACAGAGGGUACACACUCUACGUGAAUGAAGAUUCCUGCAGCCUUCUCUGGAGCCGAUGUGUGAAGUUAUGAAUCAGGAUGAAGGGGAGCCGGUACCUAGUGAUUCACAACCAGAGAGUGUUCCAGAUGGUAGAGGUGUGACAAAAACUAUGGAGAACGAAGAGGAGAAGGGUGGAGUGGAGGAGGCUAGGGGGAAAGAAGGGAGAGGGGACAAUGACAAUGUUAAAAAUGAAGGUGGAGAGGGAGAAGGAGGAGAUUGUGGGAAAGAGGGAGGACACAAGGAAGGGGAAGGAGAAGAGGAAAGAGGAGAUGGAGAAGGAGAUGGUGGGAGAGAGGAAGGGGAAGGAGGAGAGGAAGGAGGAGAGGGAGAUGGAGAUGGUGGGAGAGAGGAAGGGGAAGGAGGAGAGGAAGGGGGAAAAGAAGAAGAAGAGGGAAGAGGAGGAGGAGGAAUAAGCUCAGUGGAAGAGAAGAAAAACGAAGACGCUGAUUCUGAAAGAGGUGCUCAGUUGACUGUUGAUACAGAGGAUGAUAAGGAGGUUGAGAAGAAACAGGAAGAAGUGGAGGAAGGGAAAGUAAACCGAACUCUUGAAGAAGAUAGUAAGGAGAUAGAAGGAGGAGGAGAAGGAGAGGGACGAGAGGAAGAUAGCCCAAUGGACAAGGAGAGAAAGGCGUCCAAGGACCAGUUGCUCAAGUCAGCAGGGAUCCAGCUUACAGACUCGUCAGAGAGCGAUAUUACAGGGGCUCCCCUGAGGACGAGUGACGACACGGCACAGGACAGGAACCUGGAGCAGUUCAGUGAGAUUCUGCUGGACUCUGACAGCGAGACGGGGCUAUCUCUCCCGGAGGGAGGGGCCGGGAUUGAGGGGGAGGGGCCUGAGGUGGAGGAGGGAGGGAGGAGCAAACCAGAGAGACGUGUUAGGUUUGCUGACGAAGUCAUGGAGACCACUGACAAUGCAGACUCGAGACCAAGGUCAUCUCCCAGACCAGAGACUCUGCCCACAGGACCACAGGCCACUGUAGUCUCUCCCAGAUCCUCUGGGAACAUUAUCACCCCGGCAUCUCCCAGAUUACAGAGUCCGCGGUCUCCCAGUGCACCUCAUACUCACGAAGAGAUUAUUGCAGGAGUCAACUACUCUGCUGAGUACAUGGGUUCCACUCCCAUCAUUCUGACUGGAAUUGCCUCAGCCAAGACUGCCAGGAUGCACCAAGCUCAGCAAGUCGUCAAACUGUUCAAGGAUCCAGAGAACGAUGUACUGCCUCGUUUUCCGGUCACCAUCAGGAUAUCCUCCCAGUCCAUCAAGAUUGUCGAUAGCACUGCUGGCAUUGACCUGAUGGACCAUCCUCUCUAUACCAUAUCCUACGUGGCAGACAUUGAGAAUGUUCUAGUCAUCAUGAUAAACAGAAUCCAGCCACCUGCAGCUAGGGAGGGAUCAGUUCAGGAAGAAGAGAAGAGGGAAAAUGAGGAAGGAGGUGGGGAGAAGGGAGAUGGAGGGGAGAGAAUGGGGAAUGGAGGAGGGGAAGGUGGUGAGGGUGUGAAGAGUGAGGACGGUGAGGGUGGGAAAGGGGAGGUUGGUGAGGGUGAAGGAGGAGGAGAGGAAGACGGAGAAGAGUUCAAUGGGCUCAACAUUGGACCCAUCCCUAGGAUGACUUGCCACGUCCUCGAAACAAAUGAUGCCCGGCACGUGGCGAUGGUGAUAGGACAGGCGUUCAGCGUGGCAUACAAGGAGUUCCUGAGAGCCACUGGGAUCAGCGAGGAGGCCCUGGAGCAGGCAGAGUACGCCCACAUUCUCAACGCCCAGACUGCCCCCCAGGCUGAGCUGGACCUGCUCAGAGACAGAGACAAGAUCAGACAGCUGAACUUUGCCAAACAUAAGGGUGACGUUCUCGGACUAAUGGUCGUGGAAUCUGGCUACGGGUCGGCCCUGCCUACUCCAGUUAUUGCCCACCUCAGUAAGACGGGCAGUGCUGCUCGCAGUGGUCAGCUGAAUGUUGGGGACCACAUCAUUGCCAUCAAUGGAGUCAACAUGGUUGGCAUGCCUGUCAAGGUCUGCAUCGAGCAGCUCAAGGUCAGUAGC